AUGGCUGACGACAGCUUUUCGACGCAGUCUACUGCUCACACGACAGGCCGCGUCCCCUUCCUCGCCGGCAAUGCUGGUGCUCCGAGCAACGCACCGCCAGGAUAUGGAAUGCGCCGCGCUGCCACGAUGGACGAAGCUGCAAACUUCCGUCGGCGGCCAUCCUACCCAUCUUCGGCGGGCAACUCUUUCACGCGUCGCAACUCCAACCUGUCUGACAUCAGCUUCGAGGAGCCCGAGGAUGACAAUGCCGGCAUCUGGAAUCUUGGAAGGGUGAAGACCAACCCUCCCGACAAGGACUCAUAUGCCAGCAUCCCUCUGGUGUUGGCAUUGCUGCCUGCCGUCGGUGGUCUGUUCUUCGAAGGUGGCAGCGCUUUCUUCACGGAUAUCAUCCUACUGGGGCUCGCGGCCAUAUUUCUUCGGUGGUCUGUCACGCAACCAUGGAAUUGGCUUCACGCAGCUCAGGAGAUCCGCGUUGUCAAGGAAAUGGCUAUGGCCACCUCCGUUUUUGAGACCGACAGUGAUGGUGAGCCCUCGAUAGCAGCGUCUGCCACCACAGCUCUCGAGAACGUGCCCGAAGAGGAUGAGAAAGAGCCCGAAGCAUCCUCAUCGGAACCGCCGAGAUCCCCCACACGGCAGAAGUGGGAAGCAGAACGUGACGCCGCUGCCAAAGAGCUCCGCUUCACUGAGAGGAUUGCCCUAUUUUGGUGCUUCGCAUUUCCAUUACUCGGUGCCUAUCUACUACACACCAUCCGCGGCCAACUCAGUCAGCGCUCUGAGGGCCUCGUGUGUGAUUAUAAUCUUUGCAUAUUUGUAAUCGCUGCCGAAAUAAGACCUGUUGCCCAUCUUAUUAGAGCCAUCCAAGGCCGCACUCUUCGAAAACAACGGAUCGUGGCAGCUAAUCCUUACGAGCACAACGCGGUGCGAGACCAGCAGUUCCAGGAACUCCAUUCAAAAAUGGAGGAGCUGGAAGCACGUCUGGCAGCCAGCGAAACCCUGUCGGUCGCAACCGCCGAGACAGAGCAAACGACUACCAGGACAUUGGAGAACUUGGUCAUGCGCAACUAUCGGGACAAGGUGCAGCCCGAGGUGGACUCGGUCACGAGAGCUAUGCGGCGCUACGAGAAGAAGCUCAGCAACAUCGUGAACCAGAUCGACAUACGGUUGGAGUAUCUGGAUCAAAGAAACAGCGACGCGAUAGCACUGGCCGCCGUGGCCGCGCGGCAGAAAAAUUCCGAAAGGGGCAUCUUUGCCUGGUUAGUUGACAAUACUGCUUCAAUCUUCAUGUUCCCGGUCAGAACGACAAUCGCCGUACUGAUGUUUCCCUUUCGCACAAUUUCGUCUUUGUUAGGACGGACGAGUAGACCACUUCCGGAGAAGUCGUACAAGAGGGACCGAAGGACGAUGAAGCACAACUCAGAUCGUGUCACUUCAAGGGUGUCUAGAAGAUGA